AUUCUCCUUUUUCUUGCUUUUUCUCCCAAUUUUCUCUCGGAUUCGAGAGUGAAAACCAAAUGUCGAUGCAGUACGUUGGAGAUUCAUAUUCAAGCUGAAUCAUCACGCUGUUUCGCCCCUCAAAUCCAUCGAUUUAUGCCCUUAUUUUGGUAAUUUCUACUCUGUGUAUAGCUGUAUGUAUCCGAUUUUUGUUGUUUAAGGAUUUCAAUGUCAUUGAUGAAGCUGUUGAAUUGUAUUGUUUAUGCAAUAUGGAAGUGGAAUUGUAUGAAUAACUGGAUGUUGUGAUGUACGUCGAGGUUUUCUUUUUGUUCGUUAUUGAGUAUUGAUUUAAGAUUGUGGUUACUAAUUUGCUCUUUGUUUUAACAGGUGAAGAGAUUCUGUCAUCAGUCAGGUAUGUUGCUGGACGGGACAGAUCAAGUGGCUUCGACGGGGGCUGAUUUAGGAUUGUUAGUUGGAAAGAUGAAUAAUACUUCGCUAGCUACCUCUGAGUACGCUUCCAUUGUCAAUAUGAACCUCUUUGUUGCUCUUCUUUGUGCGUGUAUUGUGAUUGGCCACCUUUUGGAGGAGAGCCGAUGGAUGAACGAGUCUAUCACUGCCCUUUUCAUUGGUCUAUGCACGGGGGUUGUUAUUUUAUUAAGUAGCGGAGGGAAAAAUUCACACCUGUUUGUCUUUAGUGAAGACCUUUUCUUCAUUUAUCUUCUUCCACCGAUCAUCUUCAAUGCCGGGUUCCAGGUAAAGAAGAAACAAUUUUUUCGCAAUUUCAUGACCAUAGUGCUAUUUGGUGCUGUUGGUACUGCAAUAUCAUUCACCAUCAUAUCAUAUGGGGCUAUAAACAUUUUCAAAAGAAUGAAUGUUGGUUCUCUCGAACUAGGAGAUUUUCUUGCAAUAGGAGCAAUCUUUUCCGCAACAGAUUCUGUUUGCACUUUGCAGGUGCUCAAUCAGGAUGAGACCCCUUUAUUGUAUAGUUUGGUGUUUGGGGAAGGCGUUGUUAAUGAUGCUACAUCAGUCGUGAUUUUCAAUGCAGUCCAAAACUUUGAUCUAACACGGAUCACAACAAGUGAUGCAUUUCACUUAAUUGGAAACUUCUUCUAUUUAUUUAUCACAAGCACAGUCCUAGGAGCUGGUGCUGGGUUACUAAGUGCGUAUGUUAUAAAAAAGCUGUACUUUGGAAGGCAUUCAACAGAUCGAGAAGUGGCUAUUAUGAUUCUCAUGGCUUACCUUUCAUAUAUGUUAGCUGAAUUAUUCUAUUUGAGUGGCAUUCUGACAGUGUUCUUCUGUGGAAUUGUGAUGUCCCAUUACACCUGGCAUAAUGUCACAGAGAAAUCAAGAGUCACCACCAAGCAUGCCUUUGCAACAUUAUCAUUUAUUUCGGAGUUGUUUAUCUUUCUUUAUGUUGGUAUGGAUGCUUUGGAUAUUGAAAAAUGGAGCUUUGUACAAGACAGCCCCGGAAAAUCAAUUGGAGUGAGCUCCAUCUUAUUGGGGUUGGUUUUGGUUGGAAGAGGAUGCUUCGUCUUCCCGUUAUCCUUUUUAUCCAACUUGACAAAGAAGAAUCCAAAUGAGAAGAUCACUUUUAGACAGCAAGUUUUGAUUUGGUGGGCUGGUCUUAUGAGAGGUGCUGUUUCCAUGGCCCUUGCCUAUAACCAGUUCACAAGGUUAGGUCACACGCAACUGCGUGGGAACGCGAUCAUGAUAACAAGUACCAUCACUGUUGUCCUCUUCAGUACAGUUGUAUUUGGAUUGAUAACAAAGCCUCUAGUGAGACUGUUGUUGCCUCCAUCGAAAGGCAUGAGCCGAAUGGCAUCCUCAGAGCCAACGAGUCCCAAAUCAUACGUGGUACCUCUUCUAGGAAACGAGCGUGAUCCAGAAGCGGAACCAGGCCAAGAGAGACCAGUGCUCUAUCCAUCGAGCCUACGGGUGCUGCUUGCAACACCUUCUCACACAGUCCACUACUAUUGGAGAAAGUUCGAUAACGCAUUCAUGCGUCCCGUGUUCGGGGGUCGUGGGUUCGUCCCGUAUAUUCCGGGAACACCCACAGAGCAAAGUGUUCACAAUUUGAUCCCUGAAGAAGGGAACUAAAAAAGGGCAUAUAUUUUUGCAUGAUUAAUACAUGACCAUGGUGCUGAUAUUCAUUAAUGUUUCAUAGGCAGGAAAGGAGGCAUGCAGAUAGCAAAGUGAGUGUUGAUUUUGAUUGAUUCAGUUUUGGUUGAUGUAAAUUAGCUGUUCAAAAAACUCCAUAUGUUGUUUGUUUCUUCAAUAUAUAUUAUAUGUAGCAAACUUGAGCCCU